CCAUGAAAUGUCAGAAGCCACACAAAAAUGAAAGCACCAACUUUUCAUCAUCUUCUCAUGGAUUCCAAGCAAUUCCAUUCUUGAGCUUCCAUUCUUAAGAUUUUCAAUUCCAUGUCUGCUUCUCUCGCUGCUUCCGGGAGGACCUCCCUUUUUAAUCCUCACCAUCGUGCCUUAAUCACCAAGAAGUUUCUCCCCAAUGGAAGAUCAGCUGGAAUGCCAAGGAGGAGCUUUGUGUCUAAAGGGAUUGCAAUCUCAGUCUUCUGUUCUUUGUUAAGCGCUACUCCAGCUCAAGGGAUGGAGAGAUUACCAUUCAAACCAGAAGGAUAUAAUUUUUGGACAUGGAGAGGUCACAAGAUACACUAUGUAGUGCAGGGAAAUGGGACUCCAAUUGUUCUUAUUCAUGGUUUUGGGGCUUCAGCAUUUCACUGGAGAUAUAACAUACCAGAAUUAGCAAAGAAGUAUAAGGUCUAUGCUUUGGACUUGCUUGGAUUUGGUUGGAGUGAUAAGGCGGUCAUCGAAUAUGAUGCAAUUGUUUGGAGGGAUCAAGUUUCUGAUUUCAUGAAGGAAAUUGUGAGAGAACCAGCGAUAUUAGUCGGAAACAGUCUUGGGGGAUUUACAGCUUUAUUCACGGCAGCCGAAUUGGAACAACAAGUUCUCGGACUUGUUCUGCUGAACUCUGCCGGACAAUUUGGAAGCCCGAGUGCACAAAACACAAACACUGAAGAACAAUCAAUCAUAAACAAGUUUAUAAUCAAUCCGGUGAAAGAAGUUCUGCAAAGAAUCAUCCUCAGUUUCGUAUUUUGGCAAUCAAAGCAACCGGCUCGAAUUGAAUCAGUCUUGAAAACUGUUUACAUAAACACCUCCAAUGUCGAUGAUUAUCUUGUGGAAUCUAUAACCAAGCCUGCCGGAGAUCCCAAUGCCGGAGAAGUUUAUUACAGAUUGAUGGCAAGAUUCAUGACAAAUCAGACAAAGUAUACACUGGAUAGUUUACUGAGCAAGCUGUCAUGCCCAUUGCUGCUGCUGUGGGGAGAUUUGGAUCCAUGGGUAGGGCCAGGCAAGGCUGCAAGGAUUAAAGAGUUCUAUCCAAAUACUUCAAUUGUGAAUCUUAAAGCAGGACAUUGUCCACAUGAUGAAGUUCCUGAACUUGUUAAUGGAGCUCUCAUUGAUUGGCUCUCAUCUCUGCAACUCAAUCCUGCUCCUCUUCACACUCUCUGAUCAUCUUCUCUUUCUGUUUUACUAUUAUGAUUUUUUUUCACUUGCUGUUGUAAUUCUCUCCAAAUUUUUAUUUUACUAACUUUUUGGAACUCAAAUUGUAAGAGUUUUUAUAUAUUUUUAGGGAUAUAUCUUUAAAAGAAAAUUUGAUGUGAAAUAUUUGUUAAUUAGUGAUUA